AUUGUUUUAGACAACAGCUCUCUGCUAGUAUAAUUAUUGCAUAAUAUUCUGGUAGCAAUUCUGAAUUUGUGUAUUUACUGUGUAAUCAUUAAAUGUGGUGACAUCUUUUGUGUUGGCACAGUCAUGGCCUUUGCGAAGCCAAUCAAUACCUGGCAGACAGAGUGAACCUGAAACCAGUCAAUAGUCUAUCACAGUGAUGUAGGCCAUAGGUCCAAUUGUUUGUGUCGAGUGUGUCACUGGAGUGAAUAUUGUCUCGUUCAACUUCAUCCCUGGCAGGCUACAUCUAUCUAACCCCUUUUUUCUAGUUUUUUUUUUUCGAAGUGGCUACUGGUGCGGAUUUUUUACCUUUUUACCCAUUUGAUUUGUUUCUAUAAUAUCGUGCAUUAUUUUUUCAAGAUACCAAGAUAGACUCCCUUUCAGCCACCACACCAGGAAAAACGUUCAGAAGAGUUCGAUUCAAUAUCGGCCCAGUUGCCUUUAAGUUUCUUCAAAAUAAAAUACAAAUAAUUUACCUAAUAUGGUACAUAAUACAAAUUGAACCUUACCUGGCAAGAUGGACUAGCAGUCACCAGAGAUGACAGGUAAACAAUGUAAGGCAACUAAAGACAACAAGAUACCAAAUAAAAGUACAAAAUAUAAUUAUCAUAAUGACAAGUGAACUAUAUAUAAAUAUAAAUGGAUGGUCUGUCAGCUGACAAAGAGCCAGCUAUAUUAGGUUUUUUUGUGGUGUGUUCCAGACGUUUAGGAGCGCUGAAGGAACCCUGCAUCAGCCUUGGUGAGGAGGUUUCACUGCCCAUGUAGUUUAGCCAGAAGACCAUCAGUUGCAUCCCUCACAGAAUGUUCCAGCACAAAGUGGACACUACCUGCCUUGAUGAGCUCUGUGCAAGUAGUUCAGGCAGAUACUGUAACCGACAGUGUCAUGUGAAGAUCGAAGUAACAGGUAUCCGUAAGGGCCCUCCUUCACAGUACAACAUGCGCUGUCUAUAGCCCAUAAGUGCUCAACACAACAACACGACUGCCUAACCAUAGGAAGCUGAGCAGUAGGAUACAACAACAACAUCAACAAAGCUGCCUUCAUGAGCAUUUCACUGGGAUUUUCAAGCAGGAGGAUGUUGUGGAGGCCUGGAGGAGCCCAAAGCCCUGAUGAAGUUCGGCCUGAGCGUGGUGCUCAUAGGUCACGUGAACUUCCUGUUGGGGGCGCUGGUCCAUGGUGCCGUGCUGCGGCACAUCAACCUGCACCCUACGGCGCGAGGCAUGGAGUACGCCAUCUCUAAUGUCAUCUCCAUGGUUGCAGGACUCACGGGUGUCAUAAUUGGUAUCCUGGCCAUCGUAUUGUCCAAAAACAACUCUCGACGAGCACUUACGUGGGGGUUGUGGGCGUUGAGCUUGGUCUCAGCUCUGCUGGCUGCAGCCUCGGCGGUUGGGCUGCUGGUUUCCACGGUGAGGGCCAUUAUCAACCGUGGCCGGAGCUUGCUGACUCAUUGCCGUUUCCCAGAUGCGAUUGGCUCCUACUCCUAUGUCACCAAUGAGUGCCCUUUCGACCCCACCCGAAUAUAUAGUACCACGCUGAUCCUGUGGGUACCUCUGAUCGUGAUGAGUGUGGUCCAGGUCGUAUUCUCUAGCUGGUCCUUCUCUGCCUGCUCAUCUUUCCUGGGCCUACCCUGUUGCCCCAGACACAAGCCACCCCGAGAGGUCAACAGGCCACCCCCCCGAGGUCACCAGUCUCCCAAUGGGAAUCAGGCAUGUCCUCCUGAACACCACGAGCUCCUUGCUCAACACCACCAGACACUGCCCCACCAUUCCUCUGCACCAACACACUCACAGCCCAGUCGUGCCUCCCAGCUCAGCCGAGACAGCUUCUGGAUCUGAGGACUCUCCUCCAACACCCAUCGGUGCAUCCCAGCUCAGCCGAGACAGCUUCUGGAUCCCAGGACUCUCCUCCAACACCCAUCAGUAACUGCUCGUCCUCUUACUAUUUAUGUAUGAAGUGGCAACACAGGGUCAAUAUCAAAAGUGUUUACAAUCUCAUGUGUUGCUGCCUUCAUCCUCUUGUUCCUCCAACCCCUGCUUCGAGUGAAUGCAUGGUCAUCGGGCGGAGUGCAUAUAUCAGUCUGGUGUUUGUGAUGUGUUUGACUGCUGAUGUGGACCCAGCCAGGCCUGGUUGUUUCAUGAGGUUCAUUAACAGGUGUUCUGUCUGUCUGUAUGCUCUUUGUUUGAAUACUAAACUGUGGAAAAGAAUGGGUGCGAAUUUCUGAAAGUAGGUGGGUUCUGAAGAAUGUAGGUGUGUAUGUGAGUGAGAAGGAAUGAGAGAGAGUGUUUAAGAGUGGUUUAGAUAUAGCUUAGAUAAAAUAAGGUGUCUUAUAAUUCAUUGAAGGGCAUGCGCACUUUGUUUGAUACUAUGUUUUAAAUUACUAUGAUCUUUUUUGUUCAAUAAAACAGAAUUGUCGUCGGA